UUUAUAACGUGUGAGCGGGUCGUCAAAGCUGCGCUGCCUCCAAGGAGCCGCUCAUCCGCCGCCGCAGACAUCACUCUGAUCCCGGUGUGAGUCCAGCGCGACGUGACGAUGGCAGACAGCUCUCACUGCUUCUACUGCCGCGAGGACCUCGGGGGGAAGAGGUUUGUUCGUAGUGAGGGCAGGCCGGUGUGCGUUCGCUGCCACACCAAGUUCUGCGCCAACUCCUGCGCCGAGUGCCACCGACCCAUCUCUGUGGAAACUAAGGAGCUCAGCCACAAGGGCCGAUACUGGCAUGAGGAGUGUUUCCGCUGUGCAAAGUGCUACAAGCCUCUGGCCAAGGAGCCCUUCAGCACCAAGGAUGACCGCAUCAUGUGUGGGAAGUGCUGCUCCAGAGAGGACGCUCCUCGCUGCCACGGCUGCUACAAGUCCAUCCUGGCUGGCACAGAGAGUGUGGAGUACAAAGGGAACUCAUGGCACGACGAAUGCUUCACCUGUUUUAACUGUAAACGACCAAUAGGAUCGCUGAGUUUCCUCUCCAAAGGAAAUGACGUUUACUGCAGCCCCUGCUACGACAAGAAAUUUGCCAAACAUUGCGUCAGCUGCAAGAAGCCUAUAACCUCUGGAGGAGUGAACUACCAGGACCAGCCGUGGCACGGUCACUGUUUUGUGUGCAGCUCCUGCUCAAAGCCUCUGGCAGGGUCCAGUUUCACCAACCACCAGGACCAGGUCUUCUGUGUCGACUGCUACAAGAACUCUGUGGCUAAGAAAUGCAGCGGCUGCCAACAUCCCAUCACAGGUUUUGGUAAAGGAGUGAACGUUGUGAACUACGAGGGUAGCUCCUGGCACGAAUACUGCUUCAACUGUAAGAGGUGCUCCCUCAGUCUGUCCAACAAGCGUUUCGUAGCCAAGGGAAGAGACAUCCUCUGCUCUGACUGCGGCAACAAAUAGCGAUGGACAACUUGUUUUUAUUUUGUUUCAGAGUGAUUUAUACAACCGUUAUGACAAAAAAUUUCCAGGCUUUUUUUUUAAAAUAAAGGCCAGUGUCAUCAUUUUAAUAUUCUGUCUAUUAUCUAGUUGAAAUUCUGGGAGAUGAAACAUUAAGUGACAGUAAAGAUGGGACCAAAAUAUAAUUUUUGAGAGCUGUUGAUUGCUUUCUGUGGUGCUGCACACUGCUGAGUGAUGCUAAAGACAAGAUUUGUCCUCCAACUUUGAAAUAAGGAGUUUGAAAGACAGCGAGUGUGGCAGUUUCCUGUAGGAGACUUACAUGACAUAAAAUAUGAUAACAAAGUCCAUGUUAAACUAUGCAACCCAGUGAUUUUAACUCAUUUGAGCAGGAGAUAAAUGGCUGACUUUGCUGUAAAACUAAGAGCAUCUUGUUGUGAGUUUUCACCUUCAUGUUUUACUAAAGAGUUAACGUCAAGCUACAGGCUACCUUGUAUUUUUAAAAGCUGAAAAAUCAGUGCUUUUUACGUUGCAGUUACAUAAUAUAAAUCUGAAAAAAAUACGUGAAUUAUGAUUCUUUAAAUUGCACUUUUCACCUCUUUUUAUAACAGAAAAAUAACUAAUUAUGUUAGUGGCUUUAACGUCUACUUGAUGUUUUUCUACAUUUGAAAGGUAACAUCAUUCUGUGACCAAAUAAUCAAAAUCCUUGCAACUUUUCAUCGCUAUGCUUGAUGUACAGUAUGUUUGAAGUAAAUAAAACUGUAUGGACUUUUACUAAUUGCUGUUGCUCCAAAGCAAAGGGAGGAAUAAAUACCAAUUUUGGAAUAUAUGCAAACUGCAUGCCUUGAUGUGUUGUUGUAAUGGAAUAAACUUUCUAUAAAACGGAGA